AAAAGUGCUAUGUAAAUGAAAAUCUUUUAUUGACAAAACUGUUUUCUUUGCCUAAAUCAUUAGUUGCUAGUGGAAAAAUUGACUGAUACUGAAACCCCGAAUCACAGCUUGUAUAUUUUGUUUUAAAGCUUGAAACUUAUUUUAUCUUUGGUGGCAUUAUUUUGCAUUAGUGACAUUGAAGUUAAAGCGCUUUAAGUCAAUAAUUAUUCUUUCUUUAGGGAUCGACCCCUCUACCUUUGCAUACAGGCACAGACGCAGAAGAGUGUGGACAGGGCUGUAAACAGGAUCAAAGAGAUUAUUGGUGAAGCAUUAGCAAAAGAAGCCAUCAAACAGCCACUUCCACCUGUAGUGACAUCUACUGCAAGGAGUAGUCCUAUGGCUGCACACAAUUCUCCAUACAACUCUUUGCCCCAGUUACAACCAGGGAUGCAUUUUGUUCAGGACAAAAUCUUUGUAGGUCUCGAGCAUGCUCCUCCGAAUUUCAAUGCAAAAGAAAAAGUGGAAGGUCCAGGAGGGUCUUUCCUGCACCAUAUUCAAAAUGAAACAGGAGCCAAAGUUCACCUCCGAGGUAAAGGGUCAGGGUUCAUUGAACCAAUGUCUGGAAGGGAGGCAUUCGAACCUAUGUAUAUUUAUAUCACUCAUCCUAAACCAGAAGGUUUGGCGUCAGCAAAAACACUUUGUGAAAACUUGCUUCAGACAGUACAUGCAGAAUAUUCUAGAUACCAAAGCCAGAUUACAUCAGGACUGGGUCCACCAUCAGUCUACUCCAUGGUGACACCAUCUCCAGCUAUGGCUCCUACCCAGAAUCCAGUCUCUGUUUUAGCUCCAGUGAUGACGUCACAGCCAUAUUCCAUUCAGCCUCAGACAUCUGUCCCGUACACAUUUGCCAACACAAAUGCACAGUAUACUGCACAGCAGUUCAGGCAGCCUCUUCCAACACCGUAUACUGCUGGGCUUCCUGCAGAGAUCUCUCAAAAUCAAGUAGUGUCUGGGAUCAUGAAUCCUGGAACUCAGAACAACUUUCAGGUGCCACAGCCCAUGCCAGGACCUUGUUACACACCACAGCCUUUGCAGCAAGCUGGAACAAGUAUGCAGCAGGUCCAACCUGUAAACUCUGCUCCAAUGCCAGUGUCUUUAUCCAGCUCAGAAUAUCAGUUCCAGACCACAGGUACUAGUAACCCAAUGCCACUGCCUCCUCAGCCACAAAAGAGACGUUUUACUGAAGAAAGAGCAGCAAAUUCACCAGAAGGUCUUCUUGGAUACCGGCACGGACCAUUUCACUUGACUAAUCUAGGUACUAGGAGCAGUCAGGAUAUGGGAUCUGGGAUGAAGAUAGCUGCUGAUUCUGCCCUCUUUGGAAGGGAAAGAGAAAGGCAGCUGCUGCCCUUGCUGUCCAACCAUGGAGAUCAUUCUGAAAUGCCGAAGACCUCGAUGCAAAUGUUGCACACCUUAAACAUGCAAGGUCAUAUCUCUUCUCCAAGCCAUAAGCGACACAAGACUAGUGAUAGCCUAGGUGCCCUGGCACAGUAUGGGGAGGACUCUUCAGAUGAGGAAGAUGACCGGCAUAAGCGAGGUGGGAGAUACAGACCUUCUGGAAAUGCAUCACGCAAUAUGUACCAUCCCUACUUUCAGCAUUCAAUCCACCAACAGCAUCCUCAUCAACACCAUCAGCAGCAGCAACAUGGUUUACCCAGGUCUCAAAAUUCCAUGCCCUUCUGGAUGGCACCCAAUUAAUAUUGCAAAUGUUGUAAAUGUAUCUUUGUCAAUGUUCUCUUCACUCUGUGCAGCUAAACUACUAUUGUACAAAUCAGCCUGUGUGUGCUAGGUGCAGUACUAUUACCCAAUUUCUGAGGACACCUGGAAUUAAAUUUAAUGGACCAUCAUAAUCGAGUGGCUGGCUGUGUAACAUUGGAAGAUAGACUUUAAUGAAAGUUGCAGUUGAACCAUCAUAUUUGGCAUUUUUACAGGAAUCCAGCUGCAGUAUUGUGAAGAGUGAAGUCACAAAUUCCAGAAUUAAGGACAAUGAAAACUCCAGCUUUUUCCUGCUGGUACUUUGCAGAAGCAUGAUUUGUGCACCAAUCUUAUGUUGUAAUUGGCAAGGAUUUAGUGUAUUAAAUAUAGCCUGUAAAAUAAAAGUAUGUGAAAGAAGUGA